AUGGACGCGAAAAACACUCCUCGGCGGUUGUGCCCUCACAUUGAAGACCGGGACAUUGAGCGCAAAGAAUUCCGCGAUCAGUUCAACAGAGAGCUUGCAGAGCGCAAGUCAUGGGACGAGGAGUUUCUCGGCGGAGAGCGCAAGACGGAACGAAAGGCUACGGAAUCAAAGCUUCCUCCUCCUGCUCCUCCGAGCACUCCUCAGCCAGAAGUACAGGAGGAUGCAUGCGAUCGGGCAAACAAGCUCCAUGAGCAAUUGGCGGUAGGCAUUCUGGAUCAGAAAAUCAGACAGCACAAGUUUAUGCUUGAAGUGGAGGAGGUUAGGAUUCGACAGGAUGAACUUUAUGAACGGUUGGAGGAGCAGCGCAGGAAGAUGGAAGGAGAGGCUUCUAAAGACGAGAGAGAUGGGUAGAGGAGGAGUU